GUAGCGUGAGAUCGACAGGUUGAGCACUGACGCUGUCUCCCGUCGGUUUAUUUUUCUCUGUGAAUAUCGUUGUAAAAUGUCCCGUUUACUCGACUUUAUAUAAGCUGUAAUUUUGAAGACGGUUUCCAUCCGCAGUCGUGAGAACAGACUGGAACAUGGAGGUUGGAGAAGGAGUCAGCGCUGCCACGCCCACAGAGGAGAUGAAUGGAGCUGGAAAUCUGAUGGACUUUCUGGAUGAGCCUUUUCCUGACGUGGGAACGUAUGAAGAUUUCCACACCAUCGACUGGCUGAGGGAGAAAUCCAGAGACACGGACCGUCACCGCAAAAUCACCAGUAAGAGUAAAGAGUCCAUGUGGGAGCUGAUCAAGAGCCUGCUGGACGCCUGGUCAGGAUGGGUGGUGAUGCUGCUCAUCGGCCUCCUCUCAGGUACGCUGGCCGGGGUGAUCGACCUGGCGGUGGACUGGAUGACGGACCUGAAGGAAGGCGUGUGUCUUUCAGCCUUCUGGUACAGCCAUGAGCAGUGCUGCUGGACCUCCAACGAGACGACGUUCGACGACCGGGACAAGUGUCCCCAGUGGCAGAAAUGGGCCGAGUUGAUGACGGGUCACGCUGAGGGAGCGGGAGCGUACGUGUUGAACUACUUCCUCUACGUUCUCUGGGCUCUGCUGUUUUCCUUCCUGGCGGUUUCGCUGGUCCGAGUGUUCGCUCCUUACGCCUGCGGAUCAGGAAUCCCCGAGAUCAAGACGAUCCUCAGUGGCUUCAUCAUCCGGGGUUAUCUGGGGAAAUGGACCCUGCUGAUCAAGACGGUGACCCUGGUGCUGGCGGUGUCGUCGGGCCUCAGUCUAGGGAAGGAGGGUCCUCUGGUCCACGUGGCCUGCUGCUGUGGAAACUUAUUCUGCAGCCUCUUCUCCAAGUACAGCAAGAACGAGGGCAAGCGGAGGGAGGUGCUGUCAGCAGCAGCAGCAGCUGGAGUGUCGGUGGCCUUCGGAGCGCCCAUCGGAGGUGUUCUGUUCAGUCUGGAAGAGGUCAGUUAUUAUUUCCCCCUAAAGACUCUGUGGCGUUCGUUCUUCGCCGCUCUGGUUGCCGCCUUCACGCUGCGCUCCAUCAACCCGUUUGGAAACAGCCGGCUGGUGCUGUUCUACGUGGAGUACCACACUCCGUGGUACAUGGCCGAGCUGGUUCCCUUCAUCCUGCUGGGCGUCUUCGGCGGUCUCUGGGGGACGCUCUUCAUCCGGGCCAACAUCGCCUGGUGCCGGCGGAGGAAGACCACCCAGCUGGGGAAGUACCCGGUCCUGGAGGUCAUCGCGGUGACGGGGAUCACCGCUGUGCUGGCCUACCCCAACCCGUACACCCGCCGCAGCACCAGCGAGCUCAUCUCAGAGCUCUUCAACGACUGCGGUGCUCUGGAGUCGUCUCAGCUCUGCGAUUACAUCAACAACCCCAACAUGAGCCGGCCGGUAGACGACAUCCCAGACCGACCGGCGGGGCCCGGGGUCUACAACGCCCUGUGGCAGCUCGCCCUCGCCCUCAUCUUCAAGAUCGUCAUCACCAUCUUCACCUUCGGCAUGAAGAUCCCCUCAGGUCUCUUCAUUCCCAGCAUGGCCGUAGGAGCGAUCGCCGGGCGGAUCGUCGGGAUCGCCGUGGAGCAGAUGGCGUACCACCACCACGACUGGAUCAUCUUCAAGAACUGGUGCCGACCCGGCGCCGACUGCGUCACGCCUGGACUGUACGCCAUGGUGGGAGCUGCUGCCUGUCUGGGCGGUGUGACCAGGAUGACUGUCUCUCUGGUGGUCAUCAUGUUCGAGCUCACAGGCGGCUUGGAGUACAUCGUCCCCCUGAUGGCUGCCGCCGUCACCAGCAAGUGGGUGGCGGACGCCUUCGGGAAGGAAGGCAUCUACGAAUCGCACAUCCAGCUGAACGGCUACCCCUACCUGGACGUCCGGGACGAGUUCACCCACCGCACCCUGGCCACCGACGUGAUGCGGCCCCGCAGGAACGACCCGCCUCUGGCCGUCCUCACCCAGGACAGCACCACGGUGGAGGACGUGGAGACACUCAUCAAAGACACUGACUACAACGGCUUCCCAGUGGUCGUGUCCAGAGAGUCGGAGAGGCUCAUCGGCUUCGUUCAGCGCCGGGACCUCACACUCGCUAUCAAAAACGCCCGUCAGAAGCAGGACGGCGUGGUGAGCAGCUCGGUGGUUUACUUCACUGAGGACGCGCCGCAGCUGCUGGCCAGCAACCCGCAGCCUCUGAAGCUCCGACGCAUCCUGAACCUCAGCCCCUUCACCGUCACCGACCACACGCCCAUGGAGACGGUGGUGGACAUCUUCCGCAAGCUGGGCCUCCGCCAGUGUCUGGUGACCAGGAGCGGGCGUCUUCUGGGAAUCAUCACCAAGAAGGACGUCCUGCGACACAUGGCUCAGAUGAUGAACCAGGAUCCAGAGUCCAUCAUGUUCAACUAGCAGGACAGAAGAUCUUUCCUCUUCCAACGGUGUAAAUAAUAAUAAAUCCAGAGCAGAACACGGUGCAACACUACUGUAGUGCAUCCUGUGAAAAGUCCCUCCACCCUGUAAGGCAAGUUCCUCCCUGUAGUGACCACAGCAGCUCCAUGUUCUCAGAGUAGCUCAGAACGCUCCUGCUGCCAGGAUUUCUCACAACAUCAGUUGUGUGCAGAAUGAAAAAAAAAUGCCAAUCAGGAGUUGCCAAGGUUUUCUUCUUCACUUUCAUUUAGUUCUUCAGCUUAAACUGUAGCAGCUAUAAUGCCAUUCAGUCAUUUAUCUACUGCUGCUGUUUCAGUUUAAAGUAAAGGCCACGAUGAGGGGCAGGACUGAGACUGAAGGCAGCGAGAAUCACAGAGUCACUGCUCAGGCUGGAAGUCUGUUAGAAAAUGAAUUAAUCUGAUAAUUGAUCAUUUUUAGUUUCACUAAAAUGAAACUGACACGAGUCACACGUUGUGAUCUGUUCUAUAAAUCAUUACAGAAAACACAAAGAAAUAUUAUCUCAUUCAAAAAGGUGUGUUUUAUUCCAGUAAACUUAAAUCUUCUGUUCUAGACAUUCAGACAAGGUGGAAGGCUUUAAUAGUAAAUGGAAGUUUGUACCUGUGAGUUCUCUGGAAGCUUGAAUAUUCAGAGUUUGUGUUUUAAAUGUGAACAUUCAGGUCUGUACCUGUUAACUCCUGCAGGUCUCCAUCUAUAAUCCCAUUUAUCUAUUAUUAUUGUAGUCUGAACACAUCUGUACUGCAGGUGUUCAAGUACGACUGUUUCAUUUUACUGGUUCAGAAGGCUUUAAUGAUCAUGACUGGUUGGAUGUCCUCCUAUCACAGCCAGUCUUAGGGUACAAUGAGUGAUUUAUUUUGUUUUAAAUCAGUUUUCCAUCUCUAAUAUGUCAAAAAUACAUUUACAGACCUCAUCUUCAAAUGUCUGAUCAAAAACAUUUGGGAAAGUGAACUAAAGAAAAGUUAUUUUCUUGGAUCAUAAGUGACUGAAACGGUUAAUCGAUUUUAAAACUUCCUGCUGAUUCAUUUCCUGUCAGUCAGCCAAUUAACUUGAAUUAUUACAUCCACUUUAAUUCAUUCUUUUCAGCCCUGAUGUCUUGAAAACGUUCUGCGAUCCAGUCAAAGUGACAUCAUAAAGUUCACAGCAACAAAAUGAAAUAUUCAGACUUGAGAAAUAAAAUCUACAUAAAGUCUUUAUGCAGAAUUUGCAGGACCACAGAUAAAAAGCUCAUUUCUGUCACACCUUUUUGUAUGAUUUAAUAUUCAAUAACAGUGAUGGCUGAUGUCAACUUACACCUUAGAAAAAUCUAAUCGCUUCGUUAAACAACACAAAAUCUGAAGAAGCGCCAAUUAGAAUCAGAACCUGUAGGAAUCCUUGGGUCUGUGGUAAAGUAGCUCAUGUCUGUCAUGUUUAAAAAAUGGGACCAGUUAACGAUUGAACAAAGCAGAGGGGAAGUUCAGAUGAAGCUGAUUUUAUUUAAAGAUGAACACUUUGUUGCACUUUGUGUUGUUUUUGUUUCAUGUGUUGCUGCCAUAUUUCUAUUACUGCUGCCUGUAACCAAGUUCAUUUUAUGUCUCAGUCAAAUUCCACCUGAAACUGACAGUUGCUGUUCGAAGCUCUGAAUGUUCCUGUUUUCAGUAACUUGUGCUGAUGUAGUUGUUUCAGAGCCUUAAAGUGAGACUCCAGUCAGUCAGAAUCACUUCAGAGACGCAGGGUAAGUCAUUAUUCUCACUGUUUACAGCAUGAAAGCUGCUGCUGCUGCUGAACUAAAGGCUCCUGCACACACAAGAUGACAGAAAGAGUCACAUCAGUGCAGCUUUAGUUUCAGUCUGUAUCGUUCCUAAUAGAUCAUAUCUUGUUUUUCUGAUGGUCACCUCUGAACAGAGAUACAAAGCAAGGUCAUGUUGGAUUCUUUCAUAACUUAGAGCUUCUCCUCUGGAUUUACUAACAAAUAUUUCACUGAGUUUCAUGUGCAGGAGCCUUCAAAAGCAUUGUUUCAGAUCCAGAGUUGGCAUAUCUGCUGCCAGUUUAAGACUUUCCAGCUGAGGAAUUAGUGGUACUCUGUUUGAGCUUCUGUUACUUGAACUGUCAAAAAUAGCAUUAAAACGGUACCUCUGCUGCGUGCGAUGCUAAAAGCUAAAUAUUAAGGAAACGUUAAAACAGCCGGCAGCUGCUGAUUUAUCUUUAAAAUGAAGAAAAGUAACUGAGAAGGACAGAAGUGUGUUUGAAGAUGCUGAUAUUUCAGUGAAGGUCAUUUGCAACUCUUCAAAAAUAUCAAGAUUCUGGGAAACAUCCUCCCUACAUUCAGUGUUUCUCUCCGUUCAGCUGUUUCCUGUGUCGUGAUAUUUGUUGUGGUGAAAAAUAACCAUCGCUUCACAAAGUCCGUGAACUUUGAGGGUGGUUAGCAUCAAAAGUCGUCACUCCAUGUUGUUUUGCUUUUAAGAUGCCAAGAGAAUGUACUAAAGAAACAACUGUUGUAUAUAUUGAAGAUUUAUUGUGGGUAUUUAUUUUAUUUCAUUUAGUCUAAAACACUAAUGCUGUUUUUAAUUUGAAAUAUUAAUCCGAAGCAUUGCUCGGACAGAAAUCACACAUUUGCACUUUUGUUUUUGGAUUUGUUGGUUAAGUGACUAAAAAAUAAAGUUCUCAAUUUACCUUCA